AUGGCGCUGCCGCUCCUGCCCGGGCUCUCCUGCGACCGCAACAUAGGGAAAGAAAAGUUCCACAAGUCACAGUACUGCGGUUUUUGCAAUAAUGUCGCUAUGCUGAUUGGAGAAGAUAAACCUGGAAUAGGAGGUGAAGUGUUGCCUGGUCAGAAGCUGAAACCUAAAUACAGUGUGUUUCCUGAAGGAAUGGGAAGUGAUGCUCCUGCUUGGAUAGCAUUUGACAAGCAGAUAUUGUCUUUUGAUGCCUAUUUUGAGGAUGAAGUGCCUGACAAGAAUCAAGAGCUAUAUAGAAUCAGACAUUGUAAAAUAUACUUCUACCUUGAAGAUGAUACAAUUCAAGUGAUUGAACCGCAAGUGAAAAAUAGUGGCAUACCUCAAGGAACUAUUGUUCGACGGCAUCGGAUUCCACUUCCACCUCCUCAUGAAGAUCAGUUCUAUACUAUAGAUAAUUUCAAUAUCAAUAUUGAAGUAAACUUUUAUGCCCGAAGAUACAAGAUUAUAGAUUGUGACCUGUUUACAAAAAAAUUCCUGAGGAAGAUGGGAGUGAGAUUAAAUACUCCCACAAGUCUUCCAGAUGACCCAUACACCAAAGAGCGUCAAAAGAUUUUGGAUUAUAUGAAUCCAUUGCGCCCUUAUGAGCGCUUAGAUACUUUGAAACAAUUUCUGGAGCAUGAUGGCCAUGUUUUACGUUUCUUCUGUGUGUGGGAUGAUCCAGAAGCCAUGUUUCACGACCCACGGGAACUUGUUCUGCACUAUUAUUUGGCUGAUGAUACUAUUGAUAUAAAAGAAAUUGUGCCAGUAAACUCAGGCCGGGAUACAGUUCCACUUUUCCUCAGAAGAGAGAAGCUUCCAAAGUAUGCUCCCACCGGACUGUAUCAGCCGGGCACCAUCACCAAUCGCACUGUUCUCAAUAUGUUUGGAAAUUUAUUAGGAAACAAAAGCCGUUACCUUGUGGACAAUCGUAAGACAGGAGCAGUGCAUCAGGAAUUUUACAGAGACAGUGACCUGAAAAUAGGGGCAGUAAUUAAUGUUUGGGGAAGGAAGAUAAUGCUCUGUGACUGUGAUGAAUUCACUAAAGAACAUUACAGGACAAAGUAUGGAAUUGAAGAUUUCACCCCAGUUUCAUAUAAGGCUCCACCGCCUCCAAAACCAGAAAAGAAGUUUCCUCCUUAUACUGGAUUUGGUUCCGAAGAGGAUUCUCUGUGCUCCUGUAUGGGUCUGAUUCUUAAGCGUCCCCAAAAAGAUUUCAAGAAAUUCAUGGAGAAAGACAGAAAUGGCAUGGAAAGUAACAUACUGCGCUUUGUUGCAAAACUCGUCACAGAUAGUCCUGCUGACAAGGAUCGUAAAUUCAUUAUUUCCUACUUCCUGAGUGAUGACACCAUUUCAGUUUUUGAACGUAUACAGCAAAGCACAG